AUGGCGCACCACCACGGGAUCCAAGGCGAAGAUGUCGAGACGCGCAACCGCCUGCCGACUUUGAUGGAGGUUCUGGGAAGAAGGACGCUGGCGCCAGUGGACCUGUUCUCCUUCUACAUCUACAUGCGCGACCAGCAGCGCUCAGUGGACUAUCUCGACUUCUGGCUCGAUGUGUCCCAGCAUAUGUCUCUUUGCCGCCACUACGUUCGAGAACUACGGCGUUCCAUGCUUGUAGAUACCCCCGAGAUGGAAAAGACUACUAGCAAAAGGUCAUCAGCUCUGUUGGAACAAUUUGACCUUGGCGAAGGGGUGGAUUCAAGAAAGAAUGGCCAAGAGUCGAGGGUGUCCGCCAUUUUGAGGGGCGACAACUCCGGCGUACCGAAAACACCCAGAAGCAGAGGAGAAGGUGCAGCUGGCGGCCCAAUCGAACGCUCACCCUCCCACAGCAUGGGUUCAGCAAAUUCAAGAAAUCUGAGUCGAGCAUCAGGAGACAGACCAACACCGCCAGAAAUGCCCCAACCGAGCUUCGCCACUACUCCUGAAGUGAGGACGGACUCGAAUUCUCCGGGGCACAGUGUCGCUAGAGCCGACAUCAAAGCAUCCGCGGAGAAGAUACUCUACACAUUCGUUUUACCUGGUUCGGAAAGGGAAAUUGUGCUGCCUGAUACGAUGCUGAACAGGAUCAUUCGCGCUAUCGAAGAAGAAGGGCGGGAUGACCCAGAGGUGUUCGACGAUGCCAAGGACUACGUCUUCCAAGCGAUGGAAAGGGAUGCCUUUCCCGGAUUUUUACAGGCCAAAGCCCUAGGAAACCUGGUGCCCUUGAGUGUGCUAAUCAGAUUGAUCAUUGGGCUCAUGAGCUUGAUGGCAGGAUUCUGGGCUGGCUAUUACAUGAUCUUGAGAGACAGGUCAAGAGCGACUCGUUGUUGGAUUAUCCUCCCCUUCAUGAUCGGCUCAUACUUCCUCGUCUCCUACCAGUACAAGCUCGACAUUGUCGCCGCAUACCUGGGAUUUAGUGAAUACACCUGGAUGAACUGGUCGCGGAUCAAAGAACCCUUUGUGCGCAGGUUACUCCUCACAAGGGCGACCAUGGCGCUCUUUAUGUUCAUGGCUGUUGCGGUUGGGCUGUGCGUGCUUUUUAUCUUUGUCCCGGGGACGAGGUUCUAG